AGCGCGAGCGGGGCACCGCGUGGCAGCUGUGGAAAUACCCUCUUUUACUGCGCCAGCCAGGUAAUACGCGGGUCGCGCGCGGCGCGUUCAGGUGCCCUCGUGCCGUGGCUCGCGGGGCCAUGCCAAGGUAUUUCUGCUUCUCUUCUCCUUGCGUUGCUCAGUCCCUUCGGGCUCCUCGUGCGCUCGCGUGUCACCGGCCUUCCCUUCCGACCCACGGCACCGUUGCGUUGAGUUGUACUUCACUCACUGUGUUUUACACCGCUCCGCUGUAACAGGUUCGCUUCCGUGCGUCUUUCUGGCUUUUCCGGGUUUAUUGCAUGAUGAUGAUGAGGGACGCGAGCUGUGUGUCCCUGACUCUCCCCUGUGUCCCCUGAGUGUCCUUGGCACGCGCCUGAGUCUUGCUCGAGCCACGGGACACUUUGCGUCAUUCGGCGUUCGGAGGCUGUUUGGCCAACAAGUGAGCAGCAAUCGGGCAGAACUCUCUUCUGGAAAGUUCUGUUUAGGGCACUGAUGUGAUGUGCGGUUUCAGCCUGUUGUGCUUUCCUCGUGGAGCGGAGCGGUGACCGCCGUAAAGUGGGCCCGUGCCAUUUCGUCAUCAUCGCCACCAUCAUCAUCACCAUCAUGAUCAUCAUCAUCAUCAUCGCCACCACCACCACCAGCACUGCUCCUAUGAGGACCGUUGGCGCCGCUGUGGUCGAGCAGCGCGGUACGAGAGCUGUCCGAUGGCAGCGGGCGCUGCCGAGAGGUCAGGUUUUCAUACGUUUCGUGACGCAGAAACGCUGUGCAGUUCACAGGAGUGGAGACUGAGCAAAAACACCGUGGAAGACCGGAGCGCAGUAAAACGAGGUACACUUAGGCUGCAUGAGCCGACCGCGGCGAUCUUUUACCCCGUGCGCCUCCGCUGCUCCUCCAACAACUCGCUGCACUGGCACUUUACUUCUCUCUUGACGCUCUUCUGCGGGAUGUCGAUGUGUGUGUAUGUGUGUAAAAGAGUUUCGUAAAGGAGUCAGAAUUGAGCUCUCUGAGGUUGUCAGUCAUUCAGAGGGAGCCAGUGAACAGGGCUCACACACACACGCACGCGCACACACACACACACGCACACACUCGCAUUGGCCCUCGUGUAAAAGGUCACUGAAACAAGAGGCACAAGCUCCAUGCAGCCGAAAUCCUUCCGUUGAACCUGGAGCAAAAUGGUUUCACUUAAUCACGUUAUAAAUUUUAAAAUUCCGUUAGCAGCUUGCGGCUGAACUCCUCGACUUGUUGCUUUUUGAAUGCCCUCCUCUUGCUCUCUGUAUCGCCCGCUGCGUCCGUGACUCAGGACUCCAGUGGCGGUCAGACGCCCUCGUCCCUCCUGGCGCCGUGGGCCGGUGGUGCCACCGCACCUACACCAGCAGGCCAGAGGGGGCGCUAGAGCACACCUGGCCCCUGUGUGUCCUGUGGGCUGCCGUGAGUUGAUUGGCGGAAGCCUGCACCUGUCCCCCAUGUGGGCCUCGUUCACCUAACCCUCCUCCGAGGGCCUUAUUUAUAGCGUGUGGCUUCAUUUCAAGCUCUAAGGAUGCUUGGUUACGCCCUAAAGCUGCCCCUCCCUCCAGACCCCCGUAUCCCCCGGACCCCCGGCCCUCUGCCGCUAAUCCAUGCAAACCAGAGCCCGGGGGCCACGGCAUCCCUCCCCAGGCCCUCGUCCGACACGAAGAUCAGGUUGUAUCCUCUUCAUCGUAUAAGUGUCCGUCAACAGGUCGCUGCCCUCAACAGGCUGGGGUCGAGUCCCAGCUUGGCGCCGGGGCUGCGAUUCGGCUCCCGUCUCUCCCGGCGACAGCGCGGUGCGUCGCUGGCGCUGCUUUGCUAAGACGUCCUGAGAGCAGCUGUCACCUGUGAGGUGUCGUUCCCAGAGAACUCCAGCGACCGACGACUGGAAAAAGUAGUCGUGACACUUGAGAGAACUUCCAGGCUCAUUGCCGAGAACCCGGCGUGGUGGUGUCUCUUCGCGAUGCCAAGAUGGCGAGCCAACUCCCCAAGAAUAGCGCCGCCAUCGCCAAGCUCCGCCGCUUCAGCCCAGAGUCCCUGGCCCAGAUUGAGGAGCGUAUCCAGGCGAAGGAGAAGGCGAAGGACGAGGGGCUGGAGGAAGAGCCGCUGGCACCGAGCAACGACCUGGAGGCUGGCAAGGACCUGCCCAUGAUCUACGGAGAGCUGCCGGCGGAGCUGUUCAAUGAGCCUCUGGAGGACCUGGACCCCUUCUACAGCACUCAGAAAACGUUCAUAGUGAUCAGCAAAGGGAAUACGAUAUACAGGUUCAACGCGGAACCGGCCUGCUACAUUCUGAGCCCUUUCAACAUCGUCAGGAGAGGAGCGAUCCGAAUUCUCAUACAUUCAUUGUUUAGCAUGUUCAUCAUGAUCACCAUUCUGUCCAACUGCGUGUUCAUGACGAUGAGCAACCCGCCAGCGUGGAGUAAAACAGUGGAGUACGUUUUCACUGGAAUUUAUACGUUUGAGGCGACGGUCAAAGUGCUGUCGAGAGGCUUCAUUAUCGGAAGUUUUACAUUCCUGAAAGACCCGUGGAACUGGCUAGAUUUCAUGGUGAUCAGCAUGGCGUACAUCACGGAAUUUGUGGAUCUCGGCAACGUGUCGGCCCUCAGGACGUUCCGUGUGCUCCGCGCCCUCAAAACCAUCACUGUGAUUCCCGGCCUCAAGACCAUCGUGGGGGCUCUGAUUCAGUCGGUGAAGAAGAUGGUGGACGUCAUGAUCCUCACCGUGUUUGCUCUCGCUGUCUUUGCCCUCGUGGGCCUGCAGCUCUUCAUGGGCAACCUGCGGCACAAGUGCGUGCUGUGGCCCCCGCCCAACAACGGCACCUGGACGAGCGGCAACUCCACCGACAACAGCACCUUGGACUUCGACGAGUACAUCGGCAGCGAAGAAAACCACUACUACCUGAGUGGCGCCCUGGACGCCCUGCUCUGUGGCAACGGUUCUGAUGCUGGGCGGUGCCCAGAGGGAUAUACGUGUAUGAAGGCUGGCAGGAACCCCAACUACGGCUACACGAGCUUCGACUCCUUCGGCUGGGCCUUCCUCGCCCUCUUCCGCCUCAUGACACAGGACUACUGGGAGAACCUUUUCCAGCUGACUCUGCGCGCGGCAGGGAAGACGUACAUGAUCUUCUUCGUGCUCGUCAUAUUCCUGGGCUCCUUCUACCUCAUCAACCUGAUCCUGGCCGUGGUGGCCAUGGCCUAUGAAGAGCAGAACCAGGCCACCUUGGCUGAGGCCAGGGAGAAGGAAGAGGAGUUCCAGAGGCUCAUGGAGCAGCUGAAGAACCAGGAGAACAAGUUACAGGAUAGCAAGGCAUCCCUGGCCAGCAGGAGAAGCGGGGGGUCGGAGCUUGGCUUCUCUGAUGACGAACUGAGCCGCGGAGAUGAUGGAGACGCCGACGUCAAGGACUGCAAUGGGAGGAUCGUGCCCCGGCUGGUCAUUGACAGGGUCUCUUCAGAUGACGAGUCUGCAGCUGGGCAGCUGGAGGCCACUGAGGAGAAGUGCAAGGGCUUCAAGUCCAGCAUGGGACAUCUGGAGGAACCAGGACUGAAGAAGAGAAGUGCGAGUGCCGUCAGCGUCCUCACCAAUGCAAUGGAAGAACUGGAGGAAACGCAGCGGCCGUGUCCUCCUGGCUGGUACAAGUUUGCCGACAUCUUCCUGAAGUGGGACUGCUGCACACCCUGGAUCAUCAUGAAGAAGUGGGUCCACUUUGUGGUGAUGGACCCCUUCGUGGACCUGGGCAUCACCAUCUGCAUUGUCCUCAACACCCUCUUCAUGGCCAUGGAGCACUAUCCAAUGAGUCCCGCCUUUGACCACAUGCUGUCCGUGGGAAACCUGGUUUUCACUGGGAUCUUUGCAGCUGAGAUGGUGUUCAAGCUCAUCGCCAUGGACCCGUACUACUACUUCCAGGUCGGCUGGAACAUUUUUGACAGCAUCAUUGUCACACUCAGCCUGGUGGAGCUGGGUCUCGCGAACGUUCAGGGCCUCUCAGUCUUGCGCUCCUUCCGUUUGCUGCGGGUCUUCAAGCUGGCCAAGUCUUGGCCUACCCUCAACAUGCUCAUCAAGAUCAUUGGAAACUCGGUUGGCGCCCUGGGGAACCUCACACUGGUGCUGGCCAUCAUCGUCUUCAUCUUCGCUGUCGUGGGCAUGCAGCUCUUCGGCAAGAGCUACAAGGACUGCGUGUGCAAGAUUGCGGAGGACUGCGAGCUCCCCCGCUGGCACAUGAACGACUUCUUCCACUCCUUCCUCAUCGUGUUCCGCAUCUUGUGCGGCGAGUGGAUCGAGACCAUGUGGGACUGCAUGGAGGUGGCGGGCGCUGGCAUGUGUCUCGUUGUCUUCAUGAUGGUCAUGGUCAUUGGCAACCUGGUGGUCCUGAACCUCUUCCUGGCUUUGCUGCUGAGCUCGUUCAGCGGCGACAACCUGGCUGGAGGAGACGAUGACGGCGAGAUGAACAACCUGCAGAUUGCCAUCGGCAGGAUCACCAGAGGCAUUGACUGGAUUAAAGCCUCCAUCAUGGGCUUGGUAUGGAAGUUACUUGGGAAGAAGGCCAAGGAGGGAGACGGUGGCGCUGAGGAGGAAGUACAGGAAGAUCUGAGCAAGGAGACCUUUGCCAUAAAUCACAUGGAGGCCAUUGAAGCCCCCAGUGCAGAUUUCAAGAUGCUGGAUGGCUUAUCCCACUGGGUGGAUGACGUUCACCCCAGCGGCUUCCUCCUCAAUGCAGAAGGCACCCUGAGCGUGCCCAUUGCCAAGGAAGAGUCGGAUUUGGAGAACCCAGAUGAUGAGGAGGAAUGCAGCUCAGAGGAGGAGGCCGAACAAGUGGAAAAGAGCCAAAGUAAAACGCCGGCUCACGCUCAGGAUGACUCCUCUGAAUGCAGCACGGUGGACUACAGACCCCCGGAGCCAGUGCUGGAGGAGGUGCAGGAGGAGGAGGAGCCCGAGCAGCAGGAGCCCGAGGCCUGUUUCACCGAGGACUGCUUCCGGCGUAUGCCGUGUCUGAUGGUAGACGUCACGGAGGGGAAGGGCAAGACCUGGUGGAACCUACGGAAAACGUGCUUUACCAUUGUGGAGCACGGCUACUUUGAGACCUUCAUCAUCUUCAUGAUCCUUCUGAGCAGUGGAGCCCUGGCUUUCGAAGACAUAUACAUUGAAAAGCGCAGAGUUAUCAAAACCAUCCUGGAAUACGCAGACAAAGUGUUCACCUAUGUGUUUGUUGUCGAAAUGCUCCUCAAGUGGGUGGCUUACGGCUUCAAAGUGUACUUCACAAACGCCUGGUGCUGGCUGGACUUCCUCAUCGUUGAUGUGUCCUUGAUCAGUCUGACAGCCAACCUCCUGGGCUACUCUGAGCUGGGGGCCAUUAAGUCUCUGAGAACGCUUAGGGCCCUGAGGCCCCUGAGGGCCCUUUCCAGGUUUGAGGGGAUGAGGGUGGUGGUAAACGCCCUCGUGGGGGCCAUCCCCUCCAUUUUCAACGUUCUGCUCGUGUGCCUCAUCUUCUGGCUCAUCUUCAGCAUCAUGGGGGUUAACCUGUUUGCUGGGAAGUUCUACCACUGCAUUAACACCACCUCAGAGGAGCGCUUCCCCACUGAUGUUGUGAAUAACAAGAGCGACUGCAUGGCCCUCAUGCACACCAACGAGGUGCGCUGGGUCAACGUCAAAGUCAACUAUGACAACGUCGGCUUGGGUUAUCUCUCUCUGCUGCAAGUGGCUACAUUUAAAGGUUGGAUGGACAUCAUGUAUGCUGCUGUGGACUCACGAGAGGUGGAGGAGCAGCCCUCCUAUGAGGAGAACCUCUACAUGUACUUGUACUUUGUCAUCUUCAUCAUCUUUGGGUCCUUCUUCACACUCAACCUCUUCAUUGGUGUCAUCAUCGACAACUUCAAUCAGCAAAAGAAAAAGUUAGGAGGAAAGGACAUAUUUAUGACUGAGGAACAGAAGAAGUAUUACAAUGCCAUGAAGAAACUUGGCUCCAAGAAGCCAGUAAAGCCCAUACCAAGACCUUCGAAUAAAAUUCAAGGCAUGGUGUUUGACUUCAUUAUGCAGCAGUUUUUUGAUAUUUUCAUCAUGGUAUUGAUCUGCCUCAACAUGGUGACCAUGAUGGUGGAGACGGACGAUCAAAGCGUGGAGAAAGAAAAUGUCCUCUACCAGAUAAACCUGGUCUUCAUCGUGAUCUUCACCUGCGAGUGUGUCCUGAAGAUGUUUGCGCUCCGACAAUACUUCUUCACUGUUGGAUGGAACAUUUUCGAUUUUGUUGUGGUCAUUCUUUCAGUACUUGGUAUCAUGCUGUCAGACAUCAUUGAGAAGUACUUCGUGUCCCCUACACUCUUCCGUGUCAUCAGGCUGGCCAGAAUCGGUCGUGUUCUGCGUCUCAUCAAGGGAGCUAAGGGUAUCCGAACUCUGCUCUUCGCUUUGAUGAUGUCACUUCCAGCCCUCUUCAAUAUCGGCCUCCUCCUCUUUCUGAUCAUGUUUAUAUUCUCCAUCUUUGGAAUGUCGAACUUUGCUUAUGUGAAGAAACAGGCGGGAAUUGACGACAUGUUCAACUUUGAAACCUUUGGCAACAGCAUUAUUUGCUUGUUUGAGAUCACGACCUCUGCUGGCUGGGAUGGGCUUUUGCUGCCCAUCCUGAACAGUGGACCUCCAGACUGUGACCCCAGUGUGGAGAACCCUGGCUCUGAUGUGAGGGGUAAUUGUGGUAAUCCAGGUGUGGGCAUCGUGUUCUUCUGCAGCUACAUCAUCAUGUCUUUCCUGGUGGUGGUGAACAUGUACAUCGCUAUCAUUUUGGAAAACUUCAAUGUAGCUCAGGAGGAGAGUAGUGAUCCUUUGUGUGAGGAUGACUUUGAGAUGUUUUAUGAGACUUGGGAGAAGUUUGACCCAGAAGCUACCCAGUUUUUGGAAUACAACAAACUGUCAGACUUCUGCGAUGCACUCCAGGAACCUUUGAGGAUUGCAAAGCCCAACAGAAUUAAAUUGAUCUCCAUGGACUUCCCGAUGGUCACUGGGGACAAAAUCCACUGCAUGGACAUUCUUGCUGCCCUGACCAUGGAAGUGCUGGGUGACACACUAGAAAUGGCCGCCAUGAAGGUGAGCAUGGAGACAAAGUUCAUGAUGAACAACCCAUCAAAGGCAUCUUUUGAGCCCAUUGUCACCACUCUGCGGCAUAAGGAGGAGGCAAUCGCUGCAGUUGUCAUCCAGAGGGCCUAUCGCAGGCACCUGCUCAGAAGGUGCAUAAAGCAGGCGUCCUUCACGCUCCGCUCCAAAGCAAGCACGAAGCGAGAGGGCGAGGACCCACCGGAAACCGAUGGAAUGAUUGUUCGGAAAAUGAAGGCAUUGUACGGAAGCCAAGCCCUCAGUGAUGAGGCGCACCUUGCAGAACCUGAGCAGCUCACAGGGCCAGCAGAAGUGGAGACCGCUGUGACCCCUGAAGCAAAGCUUUUUGUGGUGCCAGUGGAAGUCACCAGUGACGUGGUGCUGCGAGCCGCCCCGUCUCUCAAGCCCUCGGCCUCCGGGGGCAACGCAAGGGAGUCUGUCGUAUAGCAAACGGCCCUUUCUCCUGGAGGUUCCUCACGGUCUUGGGCUGGACUCGAAGAACAGAUCUCAGCCGGGCGAGGGACUGUCGUCGGGACGCUUGUCGCUCCAGGUGGGAGUGGUUUUCAGGGUUUCCGGGUGCUCGGCGUAGCACAGUCUGUGCUGCUGCAAGUUACACAUCUCAGUCGGGAACUUUGUUACAAAUUUUAGUUCACAGUUCGCUAUGGGGUGGGUUUGAGCUCUCGGUCAAAUGUCCCGCGCCAGGAAAAGUGCGGAAGUGCGUGAGGAGGUCGAACCUUCGCCGUAUGGUGUGUAACGUCCACGAAUUUCUCAAUCAUUUGGUAGAAAAUGACACUAAAAAGAAUUGUUUUUGUGUACAGGCCUUGAACCACAGCAGAGGGGUAGCCUGGUGACUUCCCUCUGCAGCUAUGAUAUCUCACACACACACACACACACACACACACACAUAUAUUUGUGUGUGUGUAUAUAUAUAUAUUUAAAAUCAUUUAUAUCACUGCACUUUAACUGCUUCCAAGCCCUUGUUACAUCAUUCAUUACUCUACGCUGCUUCUGCAAGGACUCCAGUUGAAGACAGAAACUGCCGGAAGCAAGAGCCCUAAAACUGUGCAAGUUUUCCCAUAAAAAUGAACUUUCAAAUACAAAACAUUCAAGCAGAUGAAGAUGUGUAUUUCACAGCUAGCUCAGAAGUAUUAACCAGAAAAUGUUUCAUGUAAAAAGGCGUAGAAGCAGGGUAAGCAGUGUAGUCCACUGUAAAGGUGUGAAGUGAACCUCGUCGAGCCCAAACACCACUUUUAAAGGCACUUAAAUUCCAAACCAGGUUUAUUUAGUGUAAUAAUUUAAAGUUUCAAAGAAAACUGAAUGACUUAAUUACACAUUUAUCCAUUUUCAAUAAGCACUUCUCCAGUGCAAGGUUGCGGUGGUCUGGAGCCUCUUCACACACACACACUCAUUCACGUGCAGUCACACCCUGAGAGCGGCUCAAAGCCACCAGCACACCUGAAGGAGAUGUCUUUGGACUUUGGAGGAGACCCACGCGAACACGGGCAGAGCGGGAUUCAAGCCGCCGUCCGAAGCCACAGCUCAGGAGCGUGAGCUGCCAUCGGUUCCCGCUGCACCACCGUGCGAUGCUCACGCUCAGUGUAUGUGCUCUUUGGAACCGCCCAGGUGCCCUCCUCCAUUUUUCACCUGUUUUAAUGAGAAAGUGCAGCGCAGCAGCCAGCAAGUGCACUUAUUGCACUGAUCCUGGAACAGGGAUGAAACAGGGAUGGGAAGAUCCCCGACCCCGGAGCCCCUGACCCCGGAGCUCCCGGCCACGUUCCCGGGCGGAGCGCUUCCCGUCAGGGCAGCGGACUGCGUCACAACACCGAACGCACAACGUAGAACGCAGCCGGAAACUGCAAAGAGACGGAGAGAGAUGCCGCAAUAGGGUGUCCCCCUUUGACCUCUGACCUCAGCGCUCUGUCGGGUUUCCUCAGACCAGCACGAUUUCUGAUUUCUUCGUCCCUCAUGUUGACAUGUCUGUUCGACACACCAACACACCACUUUCCAUAUCGAGAGCUCUUUUUGUAUUCACACACCUCUUUUUUAUACUUACUGUGGUUUGGGCUGCUGGGUCUCUCACACACACACACACACACACACACACACACACACACACACACACACACAAGCAUGCAGGUCAUAUGGCACACACUGAAGCUCUUCUUUUUGUCACAUGACGUUUUGCACAUCCUUUAGACAUGUUUGUAAAGCCCAGGUUUGAUGCGGCCGACUGACACUGUGUGGGAUUGUAUGGAAAUCACUGCUACUUCAAACAUGGUUUCCGUGUCGCCCUCGAAGGACGAGUUUGCAGUAGUUCGUUUUAAACUAAUAGCUGCAGCUGCUUGAAAACGAUAUUGUCUUAAUGAAAAAUGUCUUAUGUUUGAAAGUGUAUCAAAUAAUAAAUAAAAGAAGCACUUUUGA